UUGCUAAAAACACUGAUGUUGCUGGAGUGCCGGAGGAAGAUCAACAUGAAAGUUUUAUUGCUGCUUCCCCUUUUAAUGGGACUGACGUCAGCCCAGUUUGGAGGCUUUGGCGGAUUUGGAAACCUUGGCAAUCGAGUGCCCGGAGCAAAUGUUGCCAACAGACUUCAACAAGGGCUAAGUAAUAUUGCUGGCCGCUUGCCCUCGCCUCCUCUCCUUACAAACGUCCAAAACUUUGGUGACUUUGUGGCGCAAACUGGUAAAACGUACGCCACAGCUGCCGAGCAGACUCUUCGAGAGGGUGUUUUCAGUGCGCACAAGAAUUUGGUUGAUGCUAGUAACGAGGCUUUCAGGAGAGGAACAAAAACCUACGAGUUGGCCGUUAAUGUCUUUGCAGAUUUGACAAAUGCUGAGUUCCUCAAGCAACUUACUGGAAAUAGGAAAUCGUCGGCUGGCGAGGAGAAGUCCAAACGCCAUCGCCAAUUGGCCAAGAAGAAGAAUGUACCAGUGCCCGACUCCUUUGAUUGGCGACAGAAAGGCGGCGUCACGCCCGUCAAAUUCCAAGGAGAAUGCGGAUCUUGCUGGUCAUUCGCUACAACUGGCGCCAUCGAAGGGCAUGUUUUCCGUAAGUCCGGCCAGCUGCCAAACCUUUCGGAGCAGAAUUUGAUUGAUUGCGGCAAGGAAGAUAUUGGUCUUGCCGGAUGCGAUGGCGGAUAUCAAGAGUACGCUUUCGAGUUUGUUACAAACCAGCAAGGACUUGCAGUUGGCGAAAAGUAUCCGUAUCUGGACAAAAGGGAUACCUGCAAAUACCAGAGCGAACUCUCGGGCGCCGAGAUAACUGGCUUUGCCGUCAUUCCUCCUAAAGACGAACAGGCAAUGAAGGAGGCGAUUGCUACCUUGGGUCCCCUGGCGUGCUCAGUGUACGGACUUGAAAGCUUAACUCUGUAUAAAAGCGGCAUUUAUGCCGACGAAGAGUGCAACAAAGGCGAAGUUAACCAUUCCAUCCUUGUUGUUGGCUACGGUACCGAAAAGGGACAGGACUAUUGGAUUGUCAAGAAUUCGUGGGGCACUGCUUGGGGCGAAGAGGGCUACUUCCGACUGCCCCGCGGCAAGAAUUUCUGCGGCAUUGCAACCGAAUGUAGUUAUCCCAUAGUAUAAGCUUAUUUUUUAUCUAUUGGACAAAUACAUUGUCAAUAAUAUUGAUAUAAUAUAUUGAUUUAUUUUAAUUCGA